CUAUUAUUUAAAUAUCAACCCUUUAGAAAUAAAAUUUAAAAAAACGUUGUCCUACAUGUCUGAUAAUUACUGUAUGAUCGAACACAAUUGAUUUAGAGACCUUGAUCAACUAAUAAUUAAGCCUGACCCCACCUCACUUUCCUUUCUCUCUCUCUUCUUAGUUCUUACUACCAACACCCUUAAAUACAGCUCACACACGAUCACCUCUCUCUACAGCCCACACUUAUACUUUGCAUACUUCUCACUAACUAAAUUUCUAGAGAGAGAAAAUCAACUCAACUCAAACAACCUCACUAAACUAUGCCAAACACACUAGGCAAAAACCUCAACUUAUGUCUCUCCUUACUCAAACGCCCACAGGCCCAAUUUACCCUUUCCCCACAACACCCCCACCCCUUAAACACUAAUUACAACUCUCUUUUCGAAGAUUUCGACUCCGUCCCUCCUCCCAUCACCACCACCUCCUACGUCUCCGCCUCCCCGUUCUCCGUCUCCACUGACUACAUGGAGACGGAGGACUACAACAUCUCUACUAAUACUGCGGCGGUAGGUCCUUCUACUCCGGACCUCACCGCCGCAUACGCCUCUCGUAGGUUUUUCAUUUCGUCCCCUGGUCGAUCAAACUCGAUUGUCGACUCUCUAUCUCUCUCCUCAUCUACCUUGUUUUCCUCUCCUGUAGGGGAGGAAGCAGAGGAGUCCUCGUCUUCUUCCCCUGCAGCACGAGUGGCCGGGGGAGUACCUGUUCACACGUACUCCCCCAACCCCUACGUGGACUUCAGGCGAUCCAUGCAAGAGAUGGUGGAGUCACGUGACUUGGGUAACUUAGAAAUCAAAGAAGUAUGGGAAUAUUUACAAGAGUUGCUUUUGAGUUACUUGUCUUUGAAUCCAAAGAACACUCAUAAAUACAUUGUUGGAGCUUUUACUGAUCUCGUUGUUAAUCUCAUGUCUACUCCUACUAAUCAUACUACUAAUCAUCCUUCGUCGUCUUCGUCUUCUUCGUCUUUUUCCUCUAAUGGUGGUAUUAGGUAUGUAUUAUCGUAGGUUAUUAUUGUUAAUUACUAGCUAUGAUUAAUUAAAUCAUUCAAUGUAAUUAAUUAAUUGAUUAAUUAUGUCAUUAAUAUUAUUACUAGUGAGUACAUUAUUUUUUUGUGUUUAUUUUUUUCCUCUUUUUAACUACUAACCUCGGUCCACUACAUUAUUUCUUGAUUUCAACAACUUGGGAUUAUAAAUCAAUAAUUGGAUGUGAAAAUUUAAUAAUUGUGGAGAAAAUGUCUAAUUUGGUUGGUCGGUUUUAGAGACAAGAUCGGAUUGGUUGGCUGGCUUGUUAUAAGAUAUAUGACACCUCUACAGUUCUUAGACAAAGCCAAAUUAUCAAGUACAACUAUUUUCGUUUUUUAGGUGAAGGGCGCAAACAAUUAUUUUUCAAGUACUUGUACUCUGUAAUUAUAAUUUUAGGCUUUUAAUUAUUUCUUAUAGCGUCCUUAUUACUAAGAAUUGUGACUUUGUGAGAAAAUUGCACGACUUACUAUUAUUGUGUACGCAUUAAAGAUAGGGAGUAACAAGUAGUGGUCGAAGUGAUAACAUAAAUAAAAUUUGAUACGAAGUGUAUAAUAUAAUG